AAUCCGAUCCGACGCCUCGAAAACGAUAGGCCCCGCUGUGAACAAGUGGUGGUAACCCACUUCGCGAUGGGGGCGUCGAGAGAUGCAUUCGUCAUUUCGAACCCCGGCGAAGCUCUCCCCCGAUCCGAGUAGAGACGAAGAAGAUUUUGAAGAAGUGGACGAAGCAAAGCAAAGGAGGAGGAGGAGUUAUCAAGACCCCAUUGCGCAAUCGGUGUCGGCGCAAAUGGCGGCGAAGAAGAUGUAGUCAACUCACACGUAACAGUUGCAGAAGGAGAAAAAAAGAGAAACGAGAGAAUAAAAUAAAAUAAAACUCGAAUGUAAAGAAAGAAACAAUGGAGGGUCGGGAGAAAGCGAGGAGGAGGGACAAUGUAGUAGUAGUGUGGAACGAGCUCACUGACUUCUCCUCCUCCGUUUGGUUGUUGUUUAUUGUUGUUUUGUUGUUCGUGGUGGUGGUGGUGCAAACUCCUAACUGACUGCCUGGGCGAGGAGAGGUGGGGAGGUGGGGUAGUGGCGUCGAUCGUUGUUGCAACAUUUCUCUAUCGACAAAAAUGGUCUUGAUGAAUUGGUCCACCAGGUGAUAGUUGCUCCGCCCCGCUCCGAUGCGCCCCGGGACUGUAAUGCUGGUGGUGACGACGACAACGACGAAGACCGAUGCAGAUGACCUGUUGCAGACUCGAGCAUCUGUUUGGAUACUCUGUGGAUGACGCCACGACGGAUACGGGUUGUUGUUGCCAUCCGCUUAUCAACCAACGUCACGACGCGCGGGGCCGACGCCGCGAGCUCAUUAACUCGUCGGAAAUCUGGUGCAGGGUUGGUUUAGUCGGUCUUUCGAAUUCGCUCUCGCAUUUCGUAAGUGGGUCCUUGAAACGCAGGCGGGAAGGGAAGUGUGCUCGACCGAACUAGCACACUGAGGAUUCAAUGGGGCCUGUGGGAGGUGAAUCGGAGGAGGGUGUAGAAUUCGGCGAAGAAGUUUCAAGUGUUCUCAGUCGCUGAUAGUAGCAUCAAGAGGGAGGGAGGGAGGGAGGGGUCGUUGCGGGGCUCCUUAAAUUGCAGGCGGUUCGUUGUCGUAGAAUUACGGAAGGCAUUCCUUCAGAGAGGUUGGACCUGCAUUUGAUUGCACCAUGGGCUGUUUCCACUCCAAGAAGAAUAAAGUGCCGCCGGGUUAUGAGGAUCCUAGUAUUCUUGCAAGCGAGACAACUUUUAGUGUGAGCGAAGUAGAGGCGUUGUAUGAGCUGUUCAAGAAAAUUAGCAGCUCAGUAGUCAACGACGGGCUCAUUCACAAGGAAGAGUUCCAGCUUGCCCUCUUCAAGAACAGGAAAAGAGAGAAUCUCUUUGCAGAUAGGGUUUUUGAUUUGUUCGAUUUGAAGCAGAAUGGGGUGAUCGACUUUAGUGAAUUUGUCCGCUCUCUCAGUGUAUUUCACCCAAAUGCACCCUUGGAAGACAAAAUUGUUUUUGCAUUUAGGCUCUACGAUUUGCGACAAACGGGAUAUAUUGAGCGUGAAGAGGUGAAGCAAAUGGUCGUAGCCUUGCUGUCGGAGUCUGAUAUGAAAUUAUCUGACGAGGUGAUCGAGAGCAUUCUGGACAAGACUUUUGUAGAGGCUGAUACCAAGCACGAUGGACGAAUUGACUUGGAUGAGUGGAAAAGCCUUGUGUUACGGCAUCCUUCUUUGAUGAAAAACAUGACAUUGCCUUAUCUCAAGGAUAUUACCACCACAUUUCCCAGCUUUAUCUUUCACUCAGAACUGGAUGAUGGCAGUGCCUAAUAUUUUCGCACUGUGUAGUAUUAUGUGGUGGAGAAUACUGUCGUUGAACGUUUUAAUCUUCACUAGGCUUGCCAUAUCAAAUCUCACAGGUCUAAUCACAUAAUUGAAUUGUGAUUGUGGGGUUAUUAGGUAGUCACCCCAUUAUUCACAACACAAAAAGGGAGCUGAUCAGGGGAGGCGUGCUCAUAAAAAUCGUAUUUCAAGUGAAAGUGGAUUAAGUCUAAUUCUAGAAAAUGUUUUUACGGCAGGUGUCAACAAUGAGAGGUAUAUAAACAUCUAAUAAUAGAAAGUUUUACCAUAUUUGUAAUUCUGCAAGUGAACGUAUUUUAGACAGACGUAGUGUCUUUUCGCGAAACCAUGUAAUCACCCUAUGUACUUUUCUAUUAUGUAUUGUAUGCAUUGCAAAAUAUUUCGGGCCUCCGAGAGACCUUGUUUUCAACCAAU